AUGAGGCCACGGAGUAGCUUGGUCACGUGGAGCAAAGUGCCUCCGCCGGAGGCAUGGUUUCAUACACUUGUACGGCUGGCAGAUCUCAACUCGCGAACCGGAAAGUCUGACUUUUCACGGCAAGCAUCUCAUCCGGAGAGAUUGAGAGUUGCCAAGAGGCUCUCUGUUUCUAGAAGCCGUAGAACAGAUGGUGCAGUUAGAGUGGGUUGCUCGAGGGGGGGACGGGCUAUUACUAUUAGGGCGUUCGGACUGUUGUACAAUCGACGGCUGAUCAGUGAUCAGUACAGUUUCUUCGCACGGCCUGCAGGGUCGGAGAAGCGUGAUGGGGAAAACUCGACGCCUCUUGAGGUGACCACUCUUCCGUCCUCGAGACCUACUACAUACGCGGUCGACAUGGCCGAUGAAGGAAGUCUGCCGCCUGCUCUUGCUGAGAGCCGGAACUGUGGCGCAAAAUAUUUCCCCGGGUUGGGAGAGACGCACAACGGCGGCCCAGUCAAAACUUCUUCACCCCGUCCCAAGUUCCCAACAACCAGAAAACCUGGGCAGAUCAACACGGUCGAACAAUUCUACGAGCUUAGGGACAGCGAAAUGGAUACCCGGAUCCUUCGCCUUUCAACAAAACUCCACGACUCAGAUGUCGGGAAACAGCAUGAGGGUGCAGUCUUGACAAUCAGAUUGCUGUAUAAGCAGAGUCGCUACAAACUUUACAGGCCUCUUAUCAAUGUCAUCCUCGCCAACGAAGUCAAAUCUGAUGAAGAAAUUUUUCAGUUCAUCGAACAAAAAUUCAACGCCCCCCACUCAUCUCUACUAUCCUCCAUGGUGACAUCCGGCCUCACAAAUUCUUCCACAAAGCAUUCCUCAUUCAUGCCUGCGCUAAACCGGGAACUGGAUGGAUCAAUGUACACGAAUGUGCCAGGCUUGGUGGAGUAUUUCAUCAACAUACAACACAUCGAUCCCACUUUACGCCUGCAACCCCACGAAAGCUUUAUCAAGAAAAAGUGUGAAGAAAAACUAGAAGACAAGCCGCAGGAUAUUAUGUUGCGAUGGAUCGCUUCGAUUUUCGAACAGUUGGGCGAGGAAAGUCAUUCUCGUGGCUGGCAGAGUCAUCCUACCACGCGUAUGGAGGACAUUCGUUAUGCGAUACGCAGGCUGGAUGGUGCAAUCAUGUACCGGCACGUCGAAGCUGGCAAUCACAUUCAAAAUAUUAUGGUCCCCUUCGAGCUCAAGAAGAACACAUCAGAUGCCCGAGAAGCUGCUAUUGAUUUGGCCAAAUACGUGUACCAGGUCUUCAAUCAUCAGCCUACCCGAAGCUAUGUCAUUGGCUUAACACUGUGUGGAACAUCGAUGCAGCUCUGGCAGUUUGAUAGAUGCGGGGCCAUCGGUUCUGAAUCAUUUGACGUCCAAGCAAACAAAGAAAACUUUGAGAAGUUCUUUAGCCUCCUUUCAUCGUUAUUAACGUGCAAUCAUCAAGACCUCGGCUUCGAUCCAACCUUCAUGGACGUCGACGGGCAGGCUUGUUCUAACACAUCAGAAUGGCGAAAGAUACGAUACACAACCCAAGAUGAUCCCCAAGAACUUGUAAUAGACAGCCGCCCCAUCUUCCGAGCGUCGGGAAUCUGCGGACGUGGGACAACCACCUGGAAAGCGCAUCUCCAUGGAGAUGAAAGACAGAAAUAUCUCAUAAAAGAUUCAUGGCAACCUGAAAAACACGAACAAGAAGGUGAUAUGCUCUGCAAAGUGGCAGGCCUAAACAUUCCUCAUCUGGUCCGAUAUCAUCAUCAUGAAGACGUCCAAGUGGCCGGCAACAGAGUCGACAUCAAAUCUCACGUUCGCAGACAAUUCAAGUUCGACAAAUGCAAGACGUUCACACUUGGAAGUGGUCCCAAACAGCCACAAAAUGUCUUCAACAAUCGGUUUCUCAGACGGAUCAUUCUCAAAGACGUGGGGCAGCCCAUCUGGACAGUUAAAACUCCGGUUCGUCUGUUGGAGGCCCUCGAGGGCUGUAUCAUAGGACACCAGGAUGUGGCGAUUGCUCACGGUGAACUAAAUGAUGACAAACAUCACACGAUGAUUGGCACAAAAGUCUUCAUGUCGGCCAGUUUGCUUUUAAACAAAAAUCACCAUAGUCACGUGGAUGACCUGGAAUCCUUUUUUUGGGUAUUUGUAUGGUUUUGCAUUCAUUUUCCUGACGAAAAUAGCGAAAGAAUUGGUGUGUUAAACUGGAAUCAGCACUCCAGGUUUGACCUUGGGUGCAUCAAGGCCCAACACCUCCAUGAUCCUCACCCCCUUAUGAUGCAUUUUGCGCCUCGAUACAAAGAAUCGCCGCUUCUCCUCGAAUGCGUCGCCAACUUUGCUAAAAUCUUCCCCGCCAUUGAUCACAUUGAUCGUGACCACUCUUACGAUCUCGAGACCUUCAACAUAGCAGAUGAAAGAAGUCUACCGCCAGCUCUUGCUGAGAACCGGAACUGGAACUAUUCCCCCGUGUGUCGUCACCUCGGCUUAUCGUCAAAUAUCGACAUCUUGUCGCUGACGAGAGCCAUGCUAGGCUUUGAUCACUACCAUCAUCUCUUCACCAUAGGAAUCGCCUUUCCAAAACUAGUCGUCAUGUCGUUCAAGGGGUUCAGAACCGGCAAAUCGAUCAAAUCAGAAGCGGAGGAGCCAUCGGAAGAACUCUCGCUAUUGAAAGAUUCCCUCUCCAAUCCAGGACGGCGACGGUCUUAUGAGUCGGCGGAAGAUGGUGAAAUCGAGGAAGGAGGCCACUCGAGUUUCUUGCCGACUACCACUUCAACCCAUCGGCGACAUCAAUUCAAGUUCAAGCGUCCGGCCAAAAAGUCACCGACAAUCCUGAUCCUCACCUGUUUAAUCAUCCUAUCAGUCACUCUCAUCAUCUCCCUCUAUCUCGGGCUGAUCCCUUCAUUUGAAGCCGAACACCCAUCACACCAAAUCAAUUGGAAUCGACCACCUCCUAGGAAUCGACAAUGGUCGAAUUACUACGGACUCCUUCGCCCAAAGAUAGGCUCUAAGGAAUGGAAAAUGCUCUACCCACCUUCUAAACCAGCUGGACCUCGACCUCUGGAAAGCUGGAUUAAACGAUACGAUUAUCUGCGAUCAAUCUCUUCUUCCAACCAACUUGACUCACCUCUCUUCACUAACUGGACCAAUCCUCAAGCUAAACUGUCGAUGCAAACGGGGCUAGCUGAAUAUCCAGAGGGCACGAUCUUCAACUCAGAUCCGAAUGGAAUUUGUAGCUAUCGCCGAGCCAGCUGUUUGAGAGGUGAGACCGAAGAUCGCGGGAUCGGCUUGCAAGACAUUUGGCUGGGCAAGAAUCAUACUUGGUCGAUCAACUUUGAUGACGGCCCGCUCCCUCCGAGUACCUCACUCUACAAAUUUUUAGACCAACAGGACGAGACCGCUACUCACUUUUGGGUAGGAUCAAAUGUCCGUGAUUAUCCAGAAUUGGCGUUACAAGCUUGGAAACGAGGUGACCACCUUGCCGUUCAUACAUGGUCGCAUGCUCACCUGACCACAUUGAGCGAUUUUGAAAUCCUCGGCGAAUUGGGAUGGACGAUUCAGAUUAUUCACGAUCUGACUGGGUUAGUUCCAUUAUACUAUCGCCCACCUUACGGUGAUGUUGAUAACCGCGUGAGAGCACUUGCAAAGCAUGUAUUCGGGUUAACAACGACACUGUGGAACUGUGAUUCAUCGGAUUGGUCAUUGAACCAGACCUUCGCCUUAGGGGACUUCUUAGAUCCACCAAUGAACGGCUUUGGGGUCCAGGAAUCAGUCGGAAUGAUCAAUGGACACAUCAAUCAGCCCGACAAGUCAGUCGGUAAAAUCAUUCUUGAGCAUGAGUUAAGCUUCGAAUCCGUCGAGGCUUUCAAGCUUACCUUCCCGAAUCUCAAACGAAACUCUUGGUCGACUUGUAAUCUGGCGGAUUGCUUAGAUUUACCAUGGUAUCAAUGA